AUGGAAGCGGCGGUGCAUGCGUUCUUGAAGGAUGCGGAACUUCAACAGUUCGCGGAGCCCUUGGAGCGGCUGGGGGUGCAGAGUGUGAUUGACUUGCAAGAUGUCAAUCACGAUGAUCUGCAAGAAAUGGGCAUGAAGACGUUGCAGAAGCGACGGUUCGAUCGUGUCUUGGCUGGGCUGCUGAGCCAAGGGCCAGAUGCCAAGCGACAGCGGCUUGAUCCGGCAGCGAGUGUCCAAAAGCCGGUAGCGAGGCCGACAAUACCCACAAAUGAUCUGAAGGUCAAGCAGGCAGAUAUUGGCUCGUGUGGAACGACUCCAGAGACGAAUGCAGGGCUGGGGGUGUCUGACGUGGACAUGGCCGAUGCAGGUCCGCAGAGCGCAGCUGACAAGCAGUGCGGUGAUGUCAAGCUCAAUGAAGAUUUCUAUGAGCACUUGAACAGCCUGGAGGCCGGCGAAGAUGGUUGGGAUGUCGUCAUGGCGGAUGCCGACGAAGCUCCAAUUGUCCAGGAGUCGAACAGUGCGAUGGUCCAAGUCAUCGUGCUUCAGACGGACUUGCAAGAUGCGAUGCAUGUUGCGAAGCCGGUAACUAACAUAGACGAGGUCAUUAACCUUUGCAACAUGAUAGAGCCCAACAGCGCAUGCACAGUUCCCAAACUUCGGCUGAACUUCGAGAAACUUGACAAGAAACAGAUGCACGUGCUUGGAGUGCUCGGAGAGCCACAGGGCAUCAAAGAGUUUCUCGAGAGUUGCGCUGUGCCUCCACAAGCCGUAGCUUCACUCACUACAUCGAUUGGCCUGUAUGCUCUGCACCAUCAGCAGGGCUUGCUGUUAAUCUUGUGGCCGGGCCAGUGCGGAUGGGACCAGGCAUUGCGACGGCCAUUCAUCAGUUUUGUGCAGUUCCUGCUGCAGCUCACUCCGGACAUUUGCUGGCUCGUCGGUCAGAAGGACUUGGAUGCUGUGCAGGCUCGUGGCCAGACCGUGCAAGCAUCUGGAACAUCCAGGAACAUGGACAUCCAGAUUAGCAUGAAGGCUGCCAGUGAUGACGACUGCACGUUGGGCGCCAGCUUUGUUGCUCCUUUCCCACACAGUCUUGGAGCCGAAGCUGUCCGCACAUUCAGUGGAAAGAGUCGUUCAACUUUGGGUACGCUUUGGGUACGAGCCGCGGGGCGACACGAUGAAACUUUGAUCCGAAAUGACACAAUCACGAACUUCUUCCGCGACAUCAAGGAGACUUAUAUGGUGCAGUUUGCUCCAUCUCUCAAACUGGAACACUGCGAGCAUUUCCUGGAGUGUGUGGCGCCCGAGGCAUACCGCAAGGUAAAAGAUGCUUACGAGCAAAAGCAGCAAGAGAUGGCGAUCAAGUUCCACGAGCGCUUUCAAGCCGUGUCAGAGACCGCUCGGACCGAAAGAGCUGAGCUGUUCCGGAUGCUGAAGGAGACUAUGAACAAGGAGGUCUUGGAGGAAUUCCCACUCGAGUUCUUUGCGUUGAGAGGAUCUGGUCUGGAAUGCAGCAUUUGCCUUGCUCAGCUAGAUUCAUCCAGCGUCAGCCUGCCGUGCAACCCGGCACACGUCUUCCACCGCGAUUGCCUUCGAGACUGCCUUUCAUCAGAGACGAAGUGUCCGAUGUGCAGGCAAGAUGUGGUCGGCGAUGUCGCCGAUGCCAUGCAGGGGUUGGUAGACUCGAGCGCUGUCAGCAAGUUGACUGAGAAGUUCCCCGGAGAGCUCACCAGCAAUCCAACAUCGAAGUUCGUUGGCCAGUGGAAUUACAAGAGGAUCAAUGGCUGUGGCAGGACUUUGUCCUUCAACAUUGUGAGCAAGGAAUCGGGCACGCUGGUCCUCAAAACCAUGGUCGAAUCAAGACAAGUCCAGGGUGAACUUCGGAAGGGAACUGGGCUUGGAUUGGAGUUCUGGUAUGCCAACCUUGUCAACCAUCUCGGCAGACAUGUCCUGACCAUGCGGAUAAAGGAAACACGAGACGAUGGAGAAGUCCAGUUGUGGAUGAGAAAGGAAGAUCCCUUCAACAAGUCGUGGGGAGAUGCGUACACUGCCACGAAGCGGGCCAGUGUCGCAACCCUAAGUGGCUUGAUCAAGCAGGCAAAGGCCGUUUUCCACCAGAUGCGGGUCAUGUACAGCUUUGCCACCGUUGCGAAUUCACAAAAGUGGCUACACUCGAGUAUGGAUGUGGCAGAUGUUGCGAAAGAGAUGUGCGUCGAUGCCGUGAAGAAUGAGAAAAACUCCUUCAAUGAGUGGUACAGCAAAUUGGUGCCUGAUGGCGAAGCUUCACUCUUCCAACGUGGACUCGCCCGCCUCGGCUGGUCCAAGGGAUUCAGCAAAGAGGAGGUGACGAAGAUGAUCAAGAACAAAGCUGACAGUGGCGUUCUCCAGCAGCCAGCAUACUACGAGACGCUCGGCUUGUGCAGAGAGGAGUUGCAAAGCUGCUUGGACAAACGACUGCAGGAUUUUGCAGAUUUGCUGUUUGCAAAAGGCACACAGAGCAGCUUGGACAGAAAGUUCAAAGAGCUCGAGUCCGACAGAGAAUCGAAGUUCAACCAGCUUUCUGAUGAAUGGAGAGGCAUCUGCGAGCGUGAAGUACAGAAUCUCGCCCCUGCGAAUCCGAAGCGCUGCCUUCUUCGGAGUUUGAAACCGCGAUAUUACAGCAACUUUGAGAUUGGAGCAACCAUUGAAGUUGAAGGAGCUCCGAAGCUGUACUGCAGCAUCCAGCAGUUCAAGGUGGAGAAGCAAUGCUUCGAGCAAGGGCUUUCAUCAGACAGCCAUUUCCAGCUGGAGCUUGAGCCCAUGACGAAGAACUUGCAACUCAAUGCGCACGACCCCGCUUGUGUGAACUUGCUUGGAAGCGUGGGACAGGAUCGUGUCUUCUCUGUAGUUUACCAGAAGGAUAAAAGCAUUAAGGUGUAUUGCCACCCUCGGCAGCAGCAAGGCAAAGAGCUGAUGCACAUCAAGCGGACCAUCAACGCAGUUGCUUUCAAUGAGACUUUGCGAAUGCUGGCACUUUACUCGGCUGAGUCCAAAACUGUUGCAGUUUACACUUGGGACGAACACUUUUCGUGGCAUUCCGAGUUUUGUGCCCCCAUCCACCUGGAAACUUACAAAGAGAGCGCAGUGCUGGUUCAGAUGCAUUUCUUAUUGGAGGCCAAGCAACUUUGCUUCGUUUUCCAUGAUAAUGUCGUCAGGGUGUACGAGCUUGUCGCCAAGUCCAUGCGCCCAAGGGGAUUCAGCAUUACUCAACAUGCAAAGACGAUGGUUGACUCCACUGGCAUGGCUUUGUUGGCUCUUCGCCGAGAGGACCCGUUAGAUGAUGCCAUGCUCCCAGGUUGGGUUGUGGAAGUGUUCCUGUCUGCAGAUGGUCGCCACAUCAAGACGCUUCCUUUGCCAGACGCAUUUCAACAACAUGGGGCUGAUGAAGGUGCGCCUUUGGUAGAUGUGCUGCGCUUAUACGGAGUGGACUUCCUUGUGCUGGCUGAUCCUGCUGCGCGUGCUGUCAGAGGGUGGCGCCUGAAGUUGCAGACCGCUGAGCAGGUCUGUUCCAUGGAGCAAACGGGUGCAUCUCUGGAGUCCGCGGCCGCGAAGCCUGAUAGUGGCAGUACCUCCUGCUUUGACAUUCUUUACCAGGUUCUUUCGAAGUUCACAAUGCAGCCUGCGUUGGCUUCCAGCCCCACGGCAAAGCUGUCCCGGACAACCCAGCUGACCGUCCUUGGUCCAGCAUGUGCCGACGAGAACAACCAAAUCGCAAACGAUCUGCGGCAGUAUAUCCAUGACCUCAUCCAGAAGUUGAGGCAAGACACGCAGAAGCCCUCCCUCGAAGACUUGAAACUGGAAGUAUCCUAUACUCCCCUCGCCAGUGUAGACCCGGCCUUCUGUGACAUUGGAGCCUGGCACAGUACGACGCAAAGCACAUUCUCUCAGUUUCUUCGGAAGUUGAUCUGCAUGGUGCCACUUCAAAUUGCUCGUGCGGAGAACGAGUCCUUCGUGAUCUUGAAGGAUGGCCUGCGCGAGGAUGUUGCGGACUUCACCCACUUAAGCGAACUCUCUGGUUUCAUCUCCUUCGGCCUCUAUGAGCUCAUCCUGGAGACGAACGAGAACCCUGUCGUUGUCAUAUCCAGUAUGGGCAAGCAGUCGACUGGAAAAUCCUACAUGCUGAACCACCUGGCAGGUACAUGCUUUGACACUUCGGGAGGCCGCUGCACCGAUGGAAUUUGGAUGAUGGUCCGGGAGUUCGAUGAUGUAACCUACGUCUUGCUGGACUUUGAGGGUCUUGGCUCCUUCGAACGAUCUGCGCAGGAGGACAUGCUUCUUUCGGUCUUCAAUGCGGCGAUUUCACAUGUUUCCCUCUUCCGCACUGAGAACCGUCUGGACUCUGACACAGCAAACAUCUUCUCACGCAUGCAGCAGGGUGCGAAGUUGAUUCAGGGAGAUGACGAGCUCUUCAACGGAAUGUUCCAGAUCGUGGUGAAGGAUGUGGUCUCAGAUGCUAAAGAAGUGGCGCAGGAGUUCAAGCAGAAAAUCCAGCACAUCAUCGCGAGAGACAAAGAGGACAAUUUCUUUCUGCGCUUGUAUCAGGGCCGUGUCGGCAUAUUACCGUUUCCGGCACUGGGUCGUUCCGAAUUCUACCGCGAGUUCAGUUCACUGACCAGCAAGGUGCAAGCCGUGCAGGAAUCUGGCCGUUGCUUUGAGACUGGCCGUCAGUUCAUGCGAAAUACCAAGCUUCUGAUGGCAAAGAUGGCGAUGAAAGACUGGACGCCUACCGACCAGAACAAGAUAAAGAUGCUGCUUGCCAGCCUCAGCGACUGCUUGCCGGCUGCUGUCAUGGCUGGGUGCAUGGCCAUGACAGAGGAUGGACCAACCCCACUUCUUCAUCUUCGCAGCAACAAAACCUUUACGUUGGUGACAGAUGCGCACGACACCAGCACGGAGGAACCUGCUAGUAAAGUGCUGUCUGCUUUGGCAGAUGAAGGCCUUCUUCUGGCGAAAGUGAUCGAGCGGGAUGGCUGCCACGAGGUGCAGGUGCCUUGCGAACUCAUGGCUGAUUUGAUCGCGAAGGUACGGGAGAUUGCUACGAAUGUCCUGACAGCAGACGAGCUUCUGCAGGUCUUGAAUGCGCUGUCAGACAGGCGUCAGAAGCGCAUUGUGGCGUGGCUCGAGGCGAACAUACACCACAUUGCUCAGGAAGGUGAUGCGCAGCGCCUCAUGAUGCAGACGAAAACGAUGCUCGCCAGGCUGCAGCAGCAACUGCGCAUCUGCAGAAUGACUUGCACAGAAUGCCGUUUGCCAUGCAUGCUGCCGAUUAAUCAUGCAGAAGGUGUCCACGACUGUGGUACAGAUCACAGGUGCCACUCGUUCUGCAAGUAUUGCCAGGAGUCCGGCAACGCGAGCGUCUGCACAUUGGUAGCCGGCCACAGCGAACAACAUGAUUGCGGCGAUGCUUCCCACACUUGUGGGCACGAGUGCUCUCUGAGCUCACGGGGAAACUGCGGGGGUCGAUGUGUGCUGAAGCCCGGCCACUCCCCCGACGAAGCCCACAUCUGUGGAUCGUCCCGACAUCAUUGUGGCAAGGCAUGCUCGCUGGCUGGAUGUUCUCACACAUGUGUUCUUCCACACGAUUUGAUGCAUGACAGAUGCGAGUGUCACAUAAUUGCAUGCCCGAACAAAUGCUCGUUCCCAAAGUGCUCCUUCAUGUGUUCGGUACAAGACCAUUUCCAUGCAGACGGGAAGUCAGAUUGCAUGUGCGAUCAGCCGCAUCAGUGCCCGCAUGAAUGUGAAGCACCGGGAAUAUGCGAGAUCUAUUCCGAAUUGGUGAUGAAGAAAGAGAAGUUCACUGGCAAGCAUGACGAGUUCGACUACGAUGCAAUCGAAACAGAGCAGAAUGGCGUUCGAAAGACAUGUUGCAAAGUCAUUCCUGCCAAGAGUCGAGAGCACGAAGGGAGUCACAUCCAUUCUACGACCGAGAACUUGGUGCACUAUUGCGAUGCGAAAUGUCCAACUUGCGGUUACUACUGCACGCUGCCCUGGGAGCAUUCUGGAGAACAUGACACCAGACACGGCAAUAUGCGUAGGACAUAUUUUGUUUCGGACCAGGACGUUUUCAAACUGGGUUCCCGCAAGUAUGCGCCAUCUGAAUCCGGCGUUGCAGAGAUGUGCAAUAUGUAUUGCCACCGGGCAGGCCGUGGCCACACGCACGUGAAGCUGUGUGCGGACUACUCGCAAAAUCAACCCUGCUGCAUCUCCGCAAUGCCUGGUCGCAGACAUUCGCAGAGACGAUACAAGCCAAAUCCAGAAGUUCCGAAGGAUGAGUUCACACAUGCAGCCUUUUGGGAGAGUAUCGCUUUCAAGGAUCCCUGCUCGAAUGAGGACCAAGAGAUCUUCGGCAAGUGCAAUCACUGUUGCCCCCACGAGUCUCACACCAAGGAUGGGGAGCACCCGUCCUUUUGCACUUUGCCGCUGUGGCACAGUCCUCUCUCAGGCGGCGAGUCUGAGAGGCAUUUGGCACAGCAUGGUGGAAUUGUUUCGGCAGAUGGCCACCACUUUUCCUGCUCACACAAGAAGAGUGUUCCUGUCCAUACGAUCUUCCUGAUUGACAGCUCCGGGUCGAUGGCUUACCAGGAUGUAGUGCCGCAAACCUUGCCCUGGCGACGGUCACAUCCCAAUCGUCUCGGCUGCGCGAUUGCAGCAGUGCAGAGCUUCGUGGAAAAACGUUUGCACAGCAGUGCGGAGGACAGGGUCUCGCUAUUGGCCUUCAACACGCAUGUGCAGAAGGGUCCGCUCUUAUUGCCAAUCUCGGACCUCAAUGAUACCUGGCUUCGCACUCUUCAGCCCAAUUAUCAAACCUGCUUUGAAACUGCAAUCUCAGCCAUCAUUCCGCAUGUGGCCCAAACACCGACAGGGCACCGCUGCAUGAUCGUGCUGCUGUCCGACGGGUGGGCCAACUUUCCAGCCACGUCUCUCGGACGGCUGUUCGCUCAAGUAGGAGGUCGAUCCUCAACCCAGGCCCUCCGUGUACACACCGUCCAGUUCCCUCCAGGAGAUGCACAGGGCAAGUAUGUGCUCACUCAGAUUGUGGAUACUGCGAAACAAAAUGCAGGCCAAGACGAGUUUGCUAGCAAGAGCAGCUACAUGGAGUCCGUCGAUGGAAUCACGCUCCAGGAAGCCUUUAUGGGCAUUGCAGAGUCGCUCUCUUCCGCUGCAGGCGGAUUGAUCUCCGGAUAA